AUGAAUUGCACUCAUCAUCAUGGCAAUUAAGUGUCAAUGAUAUGUUUAGCUCCUCACAAGUGCUAUUAUCAAAGGAGGCUAUGUGUUAUAUGCUUUUUUGAACAUGAGGUUGAAAAGAAACAAACAGCUCCAAUAGAGAUGUUUCAGGAAAUGGUUGUGUCGAAAAUAAAAGAAUUAAAGGUUAAAGAUUCAUCUGAAUUUACAACUCAAAGAAAGAAUUUUAAAGAAAUGAUUUCCUCAACUUAAAAUAAGAUAAAAUAAAUUUGGGAUGAGUUAGCAGAAUCAAUAAAACAGAUAUAUGAGGUGAUUGAGAUAGAAGAUAAAUUCUAUUUGAAUUUCAGUAAUGGCAAUGUGAAUCCAACAGAAUUGUCAAAUACUGACUUAGAAAAAUUAGUCUAAAUUAUUAUUGGAAAAACAUUAGAUGCUACAGAUAAUUAGAAAAAAUCAUAUUUGGAGCAAUUGGAUUUGACAAAGAAAUAUUGGAAAGAAACUCAAGCUUUAUACCAAAAGUUUAAUACAGAAUUGAUGGAUGUUCUGUAAUUCAUAAAAAAGAAGGUAAGUAAUUCAUAAGAGAACAUUGAAUUAUUAAAAGAAAUAAAGUAAGUUUAUAACAGAAAGGAAGAUAUGUAUUAGGUGUUGACUUAGACUAAGUAUUUUAAUGGAUCCUACCUUAAUGAGCUACUUUAGAUGCUGAGAAAUAAGAAAAUUACUAAUUGUUUAGAGUGCUUUAAAAAUUAUACUCAGUUCUAAUUUAUCACAUCUAUGAUUUAAAAUGUUAGCGAAAUAGACUUUAAUAAGAAGAAUUAUUCAACUGACAACUAUGAUUAAAUUAGAAAGGGUUUAAUAAAAUAAAUAUCUUAUGAUUAACACAUAAUUGAAUUUUUGAAAUUUCUGGUCUAAUUGACAGCUAUUGAUGAGAGAUUAAUCUAAAGCGGAUCGAAUGCAGUCAAUUUAUUAGUAGAAAUGAAAGUGGAUUUGAGAGAAUAAAGCUUUGAGAAUAU